AUGAGCGCAACAGCAAUCCGCUUGCAGCUGAGAGCUGGGCAAGCUACGCAAUGGAGGGGGCCCACUGCAACCUCUUCCGCUCCGCUCGUCCGGUCUUCCAUCUCUGCUACGCUGCGACCACGUGCUCAUGCCAGCUGCUCCUAUAGCACAGCAACUGUACGGGCCUUCCAGCAUGAUCGUACGCCAAAGCGUCCAAGGAUCGAGCUCGGCACCGUGGGCGGUGUCGCUGUACCGCCUCUAUUGGCUUUGCAACGCCAAAGGCUGCUGACAGGUGCUGGUUCCUCUCGGUCCCUGUCGCUCUGGCCCAUCUCGAACAACAAGGAAAGCCAAGAAGUCCAGGAAACCGUGCCUGGAGCUGCUUCUAAUGCUCAGGAAAAGGGCACGGAAGCCUUAGCCGAGGUGAAGGAGCAACUCGGAAGCGUACGAGAAUCUGGGACGGAAACAGUCAAUCAAGCCCAGCAAGCGGUAGCGGACGCUGUUGUCACCGUCUCAGAGACGCUUGAUGCAGCUUCGAAUUCUUCUGCAGAGGCUGCAUCGCUUCUGGCAAAUUAUGCCAAUGAGUUUGAAGCAGCCGGGUUACCGACCGGGUGGCCUCCGGUACCCUGGGUCCAGCAUUUCUUGGAAUACGUGACCCAGACCGUCGGUUUGCCUUGGUGGGCAACGAUUAUCGGCAUGACUUGUGUCCUUCGCUUGACCGUGGCACCUUUGGUCGUUAAGGUGCAGGCAAACAACAUUCGUCUAGCCAACAUCCAACCGCAAAUGCAACUCCUCAUGAAGGACAUUGAAUAUGCCAAAAACUCGGGAGACAUGGUCGAGAUGCAGCAAGCGGCUGCAAAAGUGCAGAAGCUUAUGAGGGACAACGAUGCCAGUCCUUUCAAGUCCUUCAUGGUUCCACUGCUCCAAAUGCCAAUCUUCCUGGUCAUGUUCUUUGCCAUCCGCGGAAUGGCAAGUGGUGGGCUAGCAAGCAUGCAGAACGGCGGUUUUGGGUGGAUCACCGACCUGACAAUGCCCGACCCGUAUGUUGCGUUACCGAUCCUGUCUUCCAUGGCAACACUGCUCGUGGUGGAGACAGGUGCAGAAGGUGGCGCGGCUGCAACCGCGAAUAACCCGCAGCAGAGAAUGGUCAGAAACGUCUUCCGCGUUGUUCUUGUCGCGAUGCCUUACUUUGUGAUGAGCUUUCCUGCAGCACUGCAUCUGGUCUGGACGACGAGCAGCAUUUUCUCUCUCGCUCAAUUCGGCGUUCUGCGAACACAAUGGGCCAAGCGCAAGUUCAAUUUACCGAAGAAGGUCAACCACCCUGCACCCACCAUAGACGCAAAGAGUGGAGGAUUCCUCGAUGGUGUCCGCCAAGGUAUGAACUUCGGCCAGGCCGCCAACCAAAACCCCUAUGCACAGUAUGGCCGAACUCCCUCGCGAUCACGUGCACGCUCGACCUCUAGCCCUGGACAUGCAGCCCAAUCAACCACGAGCCGCGAGCACGCGCUUCGAAAUCUGGUUAGCGGAGGAGGCGUUUCGGAAAGCAACAGUGUGGGCGCCCCGGCACAGGCGACUCAUGCUUCGCAGGAAGGUGGUCAGGACAGUCUGCGUGCCCAGAAGGAGGCGGCAAAGCAGAAGCGUGUUCAAGCAUCCAGGGAACGGCGGGCGAUCCGACGCAGGAUCUAA